AUGUGCAAACGCGAUCAUCCGGAGGUGGACCAGGAGGCGUCUAGGCAAGCGCUCAUCAAGGCAGAAACGAUAAUUAUGGAGGGAACGCUGAUUCCCGAGCUGCAGCGCCAGGGUCUCCGCAUACCUCUGCAACCUAUUCCCGUUAUCGACGACAAAGGAUACAUCUGCGUCGACCCUCCCGUGGACAUCCGAAGAGAGCUGCUAGACCAUAAGGAGAAGUUCGCUGUGAUUGAGCACGACAUACAAGUUCUGACGGCCAAGAUCGAGUAUCUGGCCAUCCGCAAAGGCGUGACGUCGGACGAGCUGGACGCAGGGGCGCGCCAACACCUUGGUGCCGUGGUGGACACGCUGGUAGAGUCGGCGACUCCACGCAAGCCCGCUAAAGCAGACCCUACCGCGGACAGAAGUGGCCCAAUGGAAGUCGCGCACACUCCACCAACGCGUGCACUGGCGGCAGUGCCAUCAAUCUCUCCCUGUCUUGCACCUCACACACCUGCCGAGAAAGAUAGCCAAGUUACUGCCGGAGACGCGACACCUGCUGUGGUCAGGCAACAACAGCGCGACCAUCUUGCAGUGGCUUUGCGCAACCGCGCUAAGACUCCCGUGCCCGCAGCUCCAGGUAACCCCGGAAGGGUCGCAAGCAGCGGCCGAACGGGAGUUAUGUGGAACGCAGAGAAGCAGAGGUACUACGUCCGGAUCAUAUCUGCUCGCCGUCAGCAGGUUCGUCUAGGGUCGUACGAGGACAAGGACGAGGCGUCAUACGCGUAUGCUGCGGCAGCUGUUGUACUUCGCCCGAACUCACGCAUCAGCUGCACGGUUGAGCUGUCCGACGGUGACAGGCAGGCUUUAGCAGGCUGCACAGAGGAGAUCCUAAGGCUACUCGUGAAGUACAGGCGGUGGAACAGAUGGAGGGAGUGGAGAGCCGCAAUGGCUGGCGUGGACGACGCGCAGCCGGUCGAUCGCCGUUCGCGGCGAAAGGGCAGAGUGUCCCGGGCCAUUAGUGACGUUGAGGAGGUGGAGGCGAUCACGCAGACUACAGAGGACCAGCCUAUGGCAAACGAGCCAGAGGACCGAACAGAGGACUACAUGGAUGACGAUGAGUCCGUUGACGAUGAUGCUGUGUAUGAACUUGGAAACGAUACUUUCGACGAAGAUGAUGGAUGGGAGGAUGUCAACCGUGCACAGGGUGUUGCAUGA